AUGAACAUUCGCGAGAGGGGCUUUGUUUUGGCGCGGGAAAAGCGACGCGCGCGGAGCGGUAACACACGCGUGCGACGCAAUAAUAUGAUUGAGUGCGUUGACGCCGCGGCGCGUGGCGGGCUGCAUCGACGCUGUAGACGUCAGAAGAAUGCCGUCAAACGGAACGCUCGCCGGGAAUCGGAUCCAAUGGACUGUAUAUAUAGCAACGGAAAUAAACGGCUCGGGCUGUCGACGUCGGCGAACGCGAGGCUUCCGAUGCCCGGUUGCGACACGAGCCUACGGACAGUACAGACGGAGACAAAACUCCUGAGGCAAAAGUCUUUUCGA